CUUCCUGCUCCUCGGAUGCUGCCUGACCUGCUGUGCUUUCCCAGCACCAUUCUAAUCUAGAACAAAAUCAGAAUGUUUGGGCAAUGAUUUGCACUAGUGCUUAUGUUCACCCUACCCGUCCUUGCUAUUUCUCUUUGAUCACUAUUUGGGAUAGUUUUAGUUUCUGGCAAGGGGAAAUUGCUGUUUUCCGUUUUAGGCAUUCACUGUUGCCAUCUGGUUCAAGCUGGGUGAGGUACCAUUGCUAUAUCUGUUACCUAAAUGAGGAGAAUAUAGCAAUGCUUCACACAACCUUGGAGUGUAAGAAAGAUGUGCUUCUGUACCCAGCCCUGAGAUCUUGCCAGUACAGGUGGAUAUAAUAUGGGUUUAUACCUGGAAGCCUGUUGCCUGAAUAAUGCAGGGCAGCAUUUGUAAAACCAAGUAGAAUGUGUUGUGGAUUAAAUCCUUUUCACCAACAUCUCUCUUGAUCUUGGGAUGAGACUUGUAAAAAUAUUAAUUAUAUUAACCAUUGAAGUUAAACAGCUGGAAUCUGCAUAGCUUUUUUGCAGUACAUUUUACAGAUGAAUAUUUGGUUGCUUACUCAUCUCUAUAUUGCAAUAAUUAUCAUUGAAAUAUUUAAACUUUAAGAAAAAAAAGUGUUGAUUUUUCCUGAAUCAAAACCAGCCACAGGCAGAGCAGAAUUCUAUCGAUGGACUUCCAGUAUUUGCAGUCGACCACUAUGAGAGUCAUGGUACCUACAUUGCUGAAGAGAUGGAACCUGGGCCAAGUGGAGUAAAUUUUCCUUUCCGUUCUGGUGACAUGACAAAUGGACAAACCUUGACUUUCAUUGGUGACCAGAUAUCCAAACCAGAAACUCAGAACAUUCACACAGGUGCUACUCCACCCUGGCUUAUUGAUGAUGAUGAUCUGGACACAGCGCCAAAACCAAUAGGGCCAUCUUAUGAAGAGUUUAUCCAACAGAAGGAGAAAGAAAAACUGAAGAAACUUCCUCCAAAUAGAGUCGGUGCAAACUUCAACCACACAUCAGAAACAGACGACUCCUGGUUACCUUCGUUUGGCCGGGUGUGGAAUGAUGGCAGGAGGUGGCAAUCCAGGCAUCAAUUCAGAUUAGAGGAAGGCAAAAAAAGAAAACGAGACAAGAGAUGACAGUUCAACAAAAUGGGUUGGGGCAAGAGGAAAGUGGUUAAGACUUGUGCUUUAAAGAUAUGUUAAUGUUACACACUUGCUGCUGUAUGCAUUGUAUAAGCUGUUUAAAAACCUUUGUUAAGUUGCAAUUUAACCUCUUUUGGACACUUGCUCUCACUUUAAACCCAUGACCUCUACUAAUCUGGAAGGACAAGGCCACCAACCAGAAUAUUCACCCCCUUCACUGAAUAUAAUGCAUUUCAGUAACUGACCAAGGCUCCUCCAAGUCCUUUGUAGACCAUGACCUCUCUCACAUGGGCACACUAAUCUUUAAGACAUAGAACUCUCCCUUUAACAGCACUAAAUGUCCAUACACCACCUUUGAGGACAUUUAGGGAUGGGCAAUAAAUAUACACCUUGCCAGUGCCACUUACUUCCCAUGACUGUGACAAAAAACACCAAUGCAAAUGUUGUUAAAGACAAUUUUAUUUCUAAUUUUACUGAUAUCUAAAUAGCAUCACUUGAAAUCCAUUCCAGAACCUGAAAAAGAAAGUAAUUACAAUCAAUGUUUAGCAGAAAACUAAACCCAAAAGUGAUCAAUGUUGUUCAAUUUAAUAAAUAUCUUUAUCUAUAAAGUAAA